AUGGAGGCGGCGGAGCAGCCCGCACCGCCGGCCGCCUGCCGCUUCUUUCUGGAAGGCCGCUGCCGCUUCGGCGCCCGCUGCCGCCUGCCGCACCCCGGGGCGUCCGCGCCGGCUGCCCGCGAGGCGGAGCCCGAGCCCGAGCCCGGCGCCAAGAAGCCGCCGCUGCGCACGGCCGCCGACGUGGUGCGGCGCAUCCGCUGGGACCCGCGGCUGGACCCCGCCGACUUCACGGUGGGCUACGCCGACCGCUUCGCGGGCCUGCGCGAGGAGCCCUUCACGGCCUUCUGCUGGGACGCGCCGCUGGCGGCGCUCGGGCCCGGGGUGCUGGCCGUCCCGCAGCACCGCCUGCGCUUCUUCCGCCACCGCGGCCGCCUGGUCUGGGAGCGCGCGUCGCGCACCGACCUGGUCUUCGGCUCGGGCUCGGCCGCCCGCGGGCCCACCAUCCUCGACGCGCUGGCGGAGGGCGAGGCCGGGCGCGGGAGCGCGCCCGGAGCAGGGGGACCGCGCCGGACACGGACACGACGGCGGGGCCGCGCCCGGAGGAGAGGGCGGAGGCCGGCCGGCUGCCGCACCCGAGGACGGGGAGGACGGGGAGGCGCCGCCGCCCCUCGCCAGCCCCGCCCCACGCCCUUCCUGGCGCUCAUGGUGACCGAGCGCGGGCUGCGGCGGGUGGCCAGAGCCCAGCAGGAGCUGCGGCGAGCCUCACCCGCCUGUCCGGCCCUGCACCUGACCCUGACCCUGGCCCUGCUGCGGCUGGCCGGGCCUGGGGAGGCGGCGGCGGCGGCCAUGGCCGCGCUGAAGGGAGAGCUGGCCGCCCCGGGCCUGCAGCUGCCCGCCAAGCUGAGCUUCCAGAAGGUGGUGCUGCUGGGCCGCAGGGCUCUGUGCACCCCGCCCCCGCCCCCGCCCCCGCCCCCGCCCCCGCCCCGGGCAGCCUGGCUCAGGGGCUCCGGCCUCCAGGGGGCUCCGUACCUCCCAGAGCCCUCUGCGCCCGGGCAGGAGCUGGGCUGCCAGCCCCUGGAGCAGCUCUGGCUGUGCCGCGUGGGCAGCGCGGGACGCAGCGACCAGCCCCUGGCCGAGGUCCCCCUGCAGUGACGACCCCA